AUGCUGCGCCGUUGCUGCGAGGAAAGCCCUGUGCCCGCGCAGGCAGUCUUGCAGCUCCGCGCACCCGCUAUGUCACGGAAGGACGACGCUUCCGGGCUGUUGAGCGUGAUCGUGCCGAUCGCGAUUGAGCCUGGCGCCGAUGAAGACCAAAUAGGGAAGCGCGGCCAGACAAAGGGCCUUUAG